AUGACUCUGCCGCCCGGUUUCCGCUUCCACCCGACGGACGACGAGCUGGUGGGCUACUACCUCAAGAGGAAGGUGGACGACCUCAAGAUCGAGCUCGAGGUCAUCCCCGUCAUUGAUCUCUACAAAUCCGAGCCAUGGGAACUACCAGAGAAGUCUUUCCUGCCGAAACGAGACCUGGAAUGGUUCUUUUUCUGCCCCCGCGACCGCAAGUACCCCAACGGGUCGCGCACCAACCGCGCCACGACCACGGGCUACUGGAAGGCCACGGGCAAGGACCGGCGCAUCGCCUGCGACGGCGGCGUCUACGGCCUCCGCAAGACGCUCGUCUUCUACCGCGGCCGCGCCCCCGGCGGCGAGCGCACCGACUGGGUCAUGCACGAGUACCGCCUCUGCCAGGACAUCUUCCACGGCGCAUGCAACUUCAUCGGUGCUUACGCGCUGUGCCGCGUGAUCAAGCGGCACGAGGCCGGGCUGCUGCAGGGCGAGCCGGCGGCGGGCAGGGCGAAAGCAACCGCCAGCAGCGCGAGAGGGCAGAUGAGCAAGGUCUCCAGCAGCUCGUCCCUCGUCAGCAGCGAGCAGCUCAGCGCGUCGUUCACGCCCACCAACUCCAGUCCCCCUCCUACUCUGGACGUGGGAAUAAUGUGCACGAUGGCUGAUUCCGGCAACGCGUUCCAGAGCCCCGUUGGCGUUGGGUACGGCGUGACGGCGACGGCCACCACCGGCACCGGGGGGUUGCCGUCGAGCUCACUGCCCCCGCCCCUGCUCCUGCCGUCUCCCCACGACACGUUUUUCAUCGGCGACGACUUCUCCGCCGCGGCCUCAGACGAAUCGCGUUCGCACGCGCACUUGUUCGGCGGCGACAUCAUAGGGAUGGGCAGCGGCGUCUCGGAGCACGAGCUGAAAUGGGACAGCUUCGCCUGCCCAAACACAUUCUCGAGUGGUGCCGACACGUGGAACACGGCGGCGGCGGCGGCGGCGGCGAGCCCGACGAUGCUGUGCCGGCAGGCCAGCGACGGCAUCGAGGACCUGGCGGCCAUCUUCUUCUCGGACGACAACAGGAUCGUCUUCUGA